CAGUUGCAGGGCAAGCCGGCCGGCCGCCUCCCCCUCUGGCUCGCUCGGUGCCGUUGCCCUUUUGAAUGCCUCCUGCGGCUCCGAGUGCUGGCAGGGCGCUGGGAGUGUGAGUGAAUGUAGCCCCGCAGAGCCAAUGAGCUGGGACCGGAUGCGAUAUAUCCUCUGGGACAACAACUGCUCUGUUCCUCCUCAGAUCCACAUGACGCCAUUUACUGCUGCCUUUGCCGAGCGCUCACCCUGCCUCCUCCGGAAAGGAAAAGAGAGAGAGAGAGGGAGCGUGAGCGAGCAGAAAAACGCCAAGCCCCUGCCGCUCAGAUCUCAAAUCUGCCUCCUCCUCCUCCUCCCAACACACCACAACAGGCACCACCACAGACCCGCUGCCCUCCCAAAACACCCCCCUCCCCAUUACAAACCCCAGCGCUGCCUGCAAGACUCACGCUCCCAGAGUGAGCGAGCGAGCAAGCUAGAGAGGGGCGCUUGCAGCCAGCAGCUGCCCUGCAGAACGGCUACAUUGCACAGGCUGCUUUCCUGGAGGAGCCCAGUGGACGAAAGCUUUGGGAUUUUCUUUUAGAUCCACUUUAUUUUGGUUGCUUUGGCUUUUCCUUUCCCGCCCGCCCCGUGAUCAUUUGCAACAACAAGGAAAGUGACUUGGUACUGGCGAUUCGGCCUCCUGUCCAUUGAGGAGGGGGAAAAAAAGAGGAAAUAGCGAAUGAGUGAUUUCUUCUUUUUAGGGGCUAAGAAAUACCCCUCCGACCUGGAGACAUUUCCCAGAGGUUUAUACUUAUAAUCGACCUGGGGACAGAGAGCUCACUUUGCUCUGGAUUUUUGAGAGGAUGGUGAUGAUGGACUAAAGCUGAGCUUGGAAAAGUUUUUUUGUUUGUUUUUGCUUUAGGCUGGAUUUACUUGCAAGCUGCAGGAAGAAGAAAACACGAGAGAGAGCGAGGGGCUUGGUACAGUGCCGCGAUCACGGAUUUCAGAUGUGUUCUAAGCCUGCUGGAGUGACCACUCUUCAGGAUACUGAUGGAGACAAGAGGUCAGAAUGGCAGUGGGUCCCAGUCUUUGCUACAGGUUCACCGUGACAGUGGGAGGCAGCAGGGAGAAUCUGACCUGAGAGAUGUUCUGACCCAGCAGGUUCACGUGUUGUCACUGGACCAGAUCAGAGCCAUCCGAAAUACAAAUGAAUACACAGAGGGACCUACAGUGGCUCCGCGACCAGGGGUUAAACCUACCCCUCGUCCAGCUAGCCAGCACAAAAACGAAAGACCACCUGGCUUGCCUGAACAUCGUCAUCUUACCAGGGUCCAGCAUGUACAAGUUCACACUUCCUCCCGGGCACCUCUGUCCCGUUCCAUCAGUACGGUCAGUACAGGUUCACGGAGCAGUACAAGGACAAGUACAAGCAGCAAUUCGUCUGAACAGAGACUUUUAGGGUCACCUUCAGGGCCAGUUGCUGAUGGGAUAAUCAGGGUGCAGCCCAAGUCAGAGUUCAAGUCAAGUGAGCUGAAGCCCCUGAGCAAAGAAGACUUGGGCAUGCAUGCCUACAGGUGUGAGGACUGUGGAAAAUGUAAGUGUAAGGAGUGCACUUAUCCAAGGACCCUGCCAUCCUGUUGGAUCUGUGAAAAGCAGUGUCUUUGCUCAGCCCAGAACGUGGUUGAUUAUGGGACUUGUGUUUGCUGUGUGAAAGGCCUCUUCUAUCACUGCUCUAAUGAUGAUGAGGACAACUGUGCUGACAACCCAUGCUCUUGCAGUCAGUCACAUUGCUGCACUCGAUGGUCUGCCAUGGGUGUUGUGUCCCUCAUUUUGCCUUGCUUGUGGUGUUAUCUACCAGCCAAGGGUUGCCUUAAAUUGUGCCAGGGGUGUUAUGACCGGGUAAAUAGACCUGGAUGCCGCUGUAAACACUCAAACACAGUUUGCUGCAAAGUUCCCAGUAUUCCCCCCAGGAACUUAGAAAAGCCAACAUAGCAUCACUAAUUCGGGAGUAUUAAAGUAAUAAGGAUUCUUUUAACUCACAUAUGCAACCAACUAAACAGCUAUAACCUUGGCACUGUUAGUAAAAGAGCUGGGGGUAUAUUUUGCUGUUUGCAGUGAACUGCUUUUCUGCAUGUGUGCCAUCUUAACUGAUAUGCUUGUUAGAACCCAGCUAAUGGAGCUCAAAUAUGGGAUGCCGUACUUUGUGACCCAAUAUUGCAUAAGCUAAAGCAACACAGACACUCCUAGGUGACUAUUGUUUUGUGAAUAGUACUUGCAAAAUUUGUAAAUUAGCAAAUGACUCCUUUUUAUUGUUUUCUGCCAGAGAUAAUGUGCUAUAUUUUUGUAUAUACGAUAAUAUUUUCAACUGUGAAAAACAAAUGGUGUCAUAGAACAUGGCACAGUCACAAAAUAUUAUACUAAUAUGUUGUACAUUCGGAAGAAUGUGAAUCAAUCAGUAUGUUUUUAGAUUGUAUUUUUUGCCUGACGGAAACUCUCUAUUACAAGCCUCUGAUUUCCCUUUGGACUUCAUGUAUAUUGUACAGUUUCCGUAAAAUUCAGCCUCUAUUUUCUAAUUUUUUUCAACAUAUUGUUUAGUGUAAAGAAUAUUUAUUUGAAGUUUUAUUAUUUUAUAAAAAAGAAAUAUUUAUUUUAAGAGGCAUCUUACAAAUGUCACCCCUUCUUAUGAGGACGUCAUAGUUGCUGCAAAUGAGGGGUGACAGAUGCAUAUGUUCACUAUAAAAUAGAAAAUAUAUUAACGUUUGAAAUUAAACUCGGCUGCUUGUCAUUUUUUCCCCCCCUUCAUUGCUCUGAACUGGAAAAUCUGAUCUGAGGUGCGUGCUUGUUUUAAAGGGGAAAGUUCAAAGAAAUUUGUUCAGUGUGGCUAAGAAUCAGUUGAUUCAAGAACUUUAAGUUAAUGAAGAUGAAAACUUUAAGUGUUAACUUGACUAAUCCAGUUUUCUUACUCUUACAGAAAGAGUACAAAUACUAAUGCUAUUUGCAUAGUAUAACAGGGAAAAUGAACAUAGGAAAAUGCAUGAACUCAUUCCAGACUUAGGAAUAAUCAACACUGAAAACUGAUCUGUCCUGUUAAGUGAUAAGCUUUUCUGCUUUAAAUGGGAAAUAAGUAAUACUAGUUCACAAAAAGGUUUGGUUUGCACAGGUUCAAUACUCAGGGGAGAAUAAUGGACAGUUAAUAUGAUUAGUUAAAAGAAGAAGAGUAUGCUACAGGGAGUGACCCAUCUGAAAGCAGUCAAAUAUUUGCCUCACUUUUAAGAAAGUUGCUUAGUUGAUUUCUCACUUGUAGCAGUUACCUUCCCUUGAGAUGAAAAUUCUUUCACUGCCAAGUUUGCCACUGAAAGUUUAGAAAAUGAUUUACCUUUCUUUAUUAACAAACUACCGUUUCCUGUUCUGAGCAUGCCUCUCCAAGUCUAGGAUCUUAGUUUUUAUACAUUAAAUACAUGUGAUUUUUAGGUUGGCAUUUAAGAAAUCAUACAGCCUUCUCUCAAAUCCUCUUUAACCAAAACCAAGGUUAAAAUUAAUAAAUUAAGAACAUACUUACUACAAGUUGAAACUUAGGGCUACAGUAAGUUGCAGAUUUUUACCCAUUACUUUUAACUCUUCUGUUCUUACAAUUGGGAUACUUUCCAUGGGUUUGCAGUGGAGAAAACAAAUAUGUGGAAAUGCACAUGCACUGGUUAUCAACUGUCAAGUGAAAUUAGAAGGCGCAAGCCCUAACUGGUUUGAUGCACAAGCCUUUUUCUUUUUCCAGUGUGAAAAAGCAAGCUAGAUUUCUUUAUUUUUUCAGCACCAAGUGACUGACUGACUGGGGUGUGAAAAGACAAGUAUGUGAGAGGGAUUAGUAGUCAGGUAAAUGCUUGCAUAGCAUAAGAAUUCUUUCAAGAGUGCACAAAUGUUGUGAGUAGGUUUUUUAAUACAAUUCUUACCAUAUUUAUCAACUGGCUGCUGAUCAAAUGAAUUUAUUUAGAAACAGAGCAUUUAGAUAUCAAAUGGCUGGCUGACCCUUCAUGUGUUCCUAUAUUCACUUCCUCCACUUCUUGAAAUGGGUCAAGCCUACACUAAAGGUAGCAUGUGUAAAUCUUGUAUCGAUACUUCUUAAAAGUAACCAUAUUUAAAUAGCACAAUUGUUUGAAGAUUUUACCCGUGAGAUCAUGUUUGGGAAAAAAAAUACAAUUCCUAGCACAAAAGAACUCAAAUUUGUUACCUUGUAUUAAUGAACUUGGUAAUAUGGAUAUUGAAUUCUUCUUAUUGACUUACCUAUAUAUUUAUUUUAAAUAUAUAUGUAUUUAAAAGUAUACUUGAGUGCAUGGUACUAAAGUUCAAAUUGGAAUGUGCCCGCGUUGUUUGACAAAUCAAAAUUGUACAUUUUUCUAGCGCAUGUGUACUAAAAAGCAAAUACUAAAGAUUUUUAUUGUUUAUAUUUGGUGGCUAACUAACUAGAUAUCUGCAUUGGUAGUCCUUUCUUCCCCGCCUGCUGAAUUUUACUGUAGUGAAAUUUGAAUGUGGAUCUCACUUAAGAAUGAUUGCUAAUAUCAACUCAGUUCUUAAUUAAAGAUAACUGGCCAAAUUUUGCUAUUAAGUUGCAUCCAUUACUAAUCUUUAAGAAUAAUAUGACACUUUAGUUCCUAGUUUACACAAGGCUUCAGUGUGAUGCUAGUAAGUUUAAUCUAACGUGCUAACUAUGUUUGGAGAGUGUAAGCUAUAACUUGAAUAAUUUAGCACAGGAGACCUAGUGUCUUAUCCACACUAGACUUCCCCAGUAUGUUAGCUAGCAUGUUAGUUUAAUGUGUUAACAUCACACCUUUAAAUCCAAGUUAGGACAAAAUUAACUAGUCUAGGCUGAAACCUUGUCUCAAAAGCGUUAGCCUGUGCUGCACUAAGAGUUAAACGAACUUUUCAAUUGGACCAAGCUAAUAUGAUUGACAAUUGCACUCUUUUUUGCCCAUCAGACUGGCCACAUUGGGAGCAGAUUUUGACCCAAUACUUAAAUUUUGAAGGUCACUGCUGGUACCUUGCCAAAUAAAUGUAUGAAAUGUAGAAACAUGUCUUGGUGAUUUUAGCUGUGAAAGUGUGCCUGCCUAUGCGUGAGAGAGAAAGAAAGAAACCCCACCCGCAUAGCUCAGUUUGUUACAUGGCUAUUUCAGUAUUUUGAUCCUCAGGUAAACUCUGAUUUGCAUGCAAAUUUGGUCUGAUGGGGGAACUCAGAAUUGGAUAUUGAAAGAUAAUAUAGUAUAAUAAAUUACUAUUUUAAACAUAUCACUGUUUGCAAUUUCCUUUCCUAUAUAGUGUGCAAAUCACAGAUAAUGUACAAGAACAGUAUAACUAAUUGGAUAUCCCAAAAUUAAUAUUCUCAGACAUAAUGUCUGUUUUGUAUCCUGUAACGCCAUAGGGUGUAAUUUUUAUUUUACCUUUCCUGAAGGUAACAAAGCACUAAAAGCAAAAGUAUGUCCCAUUCAAAUUACCUAUUGAAGCAUUCAUUUUAAGACUAUAGUAUUAAAGAGUCAGAUUUAUUUUCCAUUUGGAGAAGAGUAAUCAUUGGGCAUUCAUAUAAGAUAGUUUUGAUAAUUUUUACAAUUUCUUAUAAAACUGCCUACCUAUCUAUGCCAUGACCGUCUGUGCCUAAUUAAGUCAUUUGAUAUUUGACAGUAGCAAAAACAUUGUGACAAGUCUCAGGGGGUAGCCAUAUUAGUCUGUAAGUGCAAAAACGACUAACAGUCCGGUGGCAACUAGGCGUAAGCUUUCAUGGGUAAAAAACACUUCUUCAUAUGCACAGAGUGGACACUUCAAAGUGUCACAGGACUCCUUGUUGUUUUUGCAAAAACAUUGGUUACUUACUGCAGUUUCCAUAAUGUGCUUACAAGUUUUGUGUAUCACAUUACCUGAUGGGAUAUGUUUUUUCAUUCUGGAAAUAAUAAAGAAAUUUUGAUGA